UACUAUAUUUACUAGCGUUUACAAGUUUUUAGCCACCGUGUUCAUUACUGGCUAAGGUCUCAUUUUAGCCAUCGACUGCUAGGUACGAAAUAUCGUUUGGCGUUGAGCGCUCUGGAGUUUUCAUUGAGCAGCCAAAGUGCGCGGACGUUUCAUUGAACGCUUGCGGCUGUGUCGGUUAGCCAAUUGAUUGGAGUGUGCGCGGAAAAUACAAGAAUUUGAAAAUGAAUGCAUUAUAAAAAAUAGACUAAUGUUUAGGCAUUAUCGGUAAACAAUAUUAAAGCAGAUUAACUGAGUAAGUGACUAAUGCCGCCAGGGUUCGACUACAAAACUGAUGUAAUUGAAAAUAAGAAAUAAAAUUAAGUUGAAAAAAGGCGCAGAACUCAUUGCCUUCCGUCGUGUGCAUAACCACUUAAUAGCAAUUACAACAAUAACAAUAACAAUACGACAGGCAAUGUAUAGCGGUAUCACCGGCUGAUAGCAUGCAUGCAUACAUACACACACCUGUAAAUAGAUUUGGUUGUGAAAAGCUAAAUUUAUUUAUCAUUUCAAUGAUAAAUUAAAUGAACAAAUAUCGGCAAUAAACAAAAAUUUUUAUGAACUCACGCGUUGUUCGAUUUAUCCACCACCACCAGGCUACACCGCCUCAGGCUACGCAACCAGCAAACAGCAACUCUACCACCAACCAACAACACCGCAGUCGUCGCUACUUCGUGGCUUGUUGUGGGUGGCAGCAGUGAGUGCAGUUAAAGCAUUUAGGCCAGUGAAUUUGUGUGCCGUAUUUGGAAGCGGAUUUGUUGGCAUAAACAAUGAACAGUGAUAAUUUCGGCUUUCCCACACAAAGCGAACGCCUGUUGCAAGCGCAGAAUAGACGUAAAUUCAGUUUUCCAGCAACACUUAGUUCUGCCUCACUGUUGGAGGUCAAUCAGAAUAUAACACGGCGUCGUCUCAGCAAUGUGAGCGACGUUGUCACACGCAAAUUGUCCUAUACGAUCGGCUGGAAGGCGACGCAAAUACCCACGCAAGAUAUCAUAUCACAGGGUCGUUGCAUCUGUGGCCAGUACAUACGACGACGCUUGCGCCGAUCUGGCUUGUUCAAUAAGAAAUUGGGCUUUCAGCGCAUACGCAGCAUACUUGGCACCUCCUCCAUGGACAUAGUGCGUGACGUCUUUCCCGCUGUGAUGGUGCUGGGUGACGAGUUGGAGCGCAUGCAUCCACGCAUCUACACAGGAGUCGCAAGACAAAUUUGUCGCGCUCCAAGCGGUGAAUUUCAUUCUGCCGAAACGAUUACGCUUCUCUUAGGUGCUGUAGGACGUGAUCUAUUUCGGUCUGAAAUAACUUGGAGUAAGGUGAUUUCAUUAUUUGCCAUUGCCGGCGGCCUUUCAGUGGAUUUUGUGCGUCAAGGUCACCCGGAAUAUGUUCCGAAAUUAGUAGACGGCGUUUCGGAAGUGAUCGAGGAUGAACUGGUAUCGUGGAUCAAUGAGAAUGGCGGUUGGCUUGGCCUUAACACACACGUAUUGCCGGUGACGAGUAAUUUUAGUCCAUUGGAAUGGACUACCAUUGUUAUUGGCUGUAUUUUCGGCAUAUUUGUACUAUAUAUGUUCUUAAGAUUCAUAUUUUUCUAUUUGGUACCGAAAGUGUAUCUACGUCUGACAUCAUAGCAAUUACUAUAAAAUACAACUUACAUUUAUUUAGUUUUAAUUACUUAAAAAAAAAAGUAUUUCUUAAUGUGGUUAAAAACUAAGCUAACUAGUAAAUAAUAUAAUAAAUAAAAAAUGUGUUAAAAAAAAAU